CUUACAGGUACAAUCAUGCCCAUAAAUAAGACCUCAUUUUCUCUACAGUAACUCUGCACAGACAGCUGACAGAAUUUCUUCAGAUAAGGAUUCAGGUUGCUUCUUCUUUGAAACAGCAGAGAUUUAUGGCAAAAUCUACGUUUUCUUCUGAAUCAGUAUUUCUUCAAUUGAUAAGAAUGGCCCAGACCUGGAUAACCUUAUGUCUACUAGUACAAGGUACUUACUGUUUUACUGUCCAGAAUGUGCAGUCUAACCUGUGUUUACAAGCCUCCUUGGAAGACAACAACCUGCGCUUGGGGCAGUGUGACCUGACAUCUGACCUGCAGCAGUGGUUCUGGAGAGAGGGGCGAUUUCUGGUCAACAGGGGCACAAAGAGGUGCCUGUCCGCCCAUCACGCUGACCACGUGCAGACUGUUGCCUGUGACAGCAGCUAUACCCUCCAUUGGCAGUGCCACAACCACAGACUGACGGCCCAGGCUACCUUCCUGGACCUAGCAUCUGAUGAGAACAGGCUAUUUCUGUCCAACAACAAGACCCAGUCUGCCAAGUGGAGAUCAAUUGAGAGAAACAACAUCUGCAAGGAAAUUCUAAGGUCCAAGAGAGCUUCCAGUAAACCCACAGGGUCUGGGAAGGCAGAGGCCCUUGCCAGUCCUCCGUCAGAAAAAGCAGAGGCAGACGCGAUGGCAGAGGCAGAGGCCGAGAGAGAAUACCUGCUGUGGCUGUACCGUACAGAGGAUCCAUCUCCUUGGAAGUAUUCCAUGCUGGCAUUAUCUUUCACUGCUUUGUUCCUGGGGGUUCUGCUGUUAGUGGUGGGCUUAAUGGCCAACAGGAACAGGAAGGUGACAGCUAUGUACGAAGCAGCAACCAAGACAGGGAAAACAGAGGAGCUACAGAGAAUGACAGAGCUGAAACAGCCCCUCAGCCCUGCUUCACAGGAAAGCCAGCUCAGCCAGAAACACCCCCAGAGCAGCAACGGCUCUGAGCCCCCGAAGUCAGGGGAUGUGGUUAUCACGUGGAAGGAUGGGACUGUCUCCGCACUGUACGCAGAAGUGCCUGAGGAAGAUGUGUAAGAGGCCACCUUCAGCCAUGGACAGCAGCCCGAGGGCCUCCCCACAGCGCAAAGCUUCAGCAGAGAACCUAACGAGGCAGCGAUCAAGCUUUUUUUACACAAGAUGGUUUUCCUCUGUAACGCUGCAGAUAUUGUCUUGAAGCCGGCAUGAGGACUGCUAGCUGUCAAUUACAUCUGCAGUAAGCAGUACUGUACCAAAGCAGCUUCAUGUCAGCCAAUAAUCAGAGUAAAAUCUGUACCUGUUUUUUUUGUAUUGAGCAAAUAGAAUUGCAAUGCCACAAGCACAGUCAAGUCAGUGAAAAAAAAAAUUCCUCAGCGUGGUCACAUUCCCUUUAUGUUCUGAUAGAUGAACCGCCAGUCUGAGAUACCGUGUAUGUAUUUUUGAACAACCCACAAUACGUUGCAACUUUUGUGGCAAUAUUUUGUUUAAUGGAUUUUCACCUGUUGAUGGUGAGGAACAGCGGACAGAGGGUAGAGGGGGCAAUGCCUUAUGCACAGUGGUCUUAGGAGCUGCAGGGAGGCUAUGGUGUCUUCUAAUAGUACAAAAUCAGAGUUAGCCCAUUAUAAAUUGGUGCUCUGAAUGCAGUAUACUGUACAGUAUGUGUAUUUAUGGCACCACUGAUCAGACACACACAGGUCCACUGUGUUCCAAAUGCCAGUUUGGGGUACUGCACCAUUACUUUUGGCUGCAUCUUAUAACCAUCAGGCACUGCUGGACUUUAAUACAACUUUCUUUCACAUGAACCCUUUCUUCAGUCUCUUGUUGUAAUAUAAUAGGUCUCUGGCACUUUCCCUCUUCUUCACUCUUAGGAGUCUUCGAAACAGGCAAUAAUCACGUCUGAGAAAUGUCUGACCAUAAGGAUCUUCAAUACUCUCAUAUAUUUAAUGUUUUGAAAAAUAAAAUAGUUAAAUAAC